AUGAGAGAACUCGUCACCCUCCAAGUUGGAAGCUUUGCAAACUUUGUGGGCUCACAUUUCUGGAACUUCCAGGAUGAGCUAAAUGGGUUGGCGGAAGACCCUUAUGCUGACCCAGUAUUCAAGAAUCAGUCUUUGAACAUGGACGUGCUCUACCGCUCUGGUGAGACGCACCAGGGUACUUUGACUUACACUCCCCGCCUGGUUUCUGUUGAUCUUCAAGGGUCCCUUGGGUCUAUGAGCUCACGUGGUACAUUGUAUGAUGAGGGUUCAUCUGCGUCAUCAAAUAUUUUGACAUGGGGUGGUAAUGUUUCUACUCAUGCUGCUGAGCCUCAUAAAAAGAAUUUGUUCUUGCAAAGUUUGUACGGGGAAGAGCAGGAAAAUUCUUUGACUUUUGAAAAUGGUGUCACUGGUGGAGAGAAUCCUCGAACAGAAAUUCAUGACAGGGAUAAAGUGGAGAGUUUAGAAAAUGGUGUCCAAUACUGGACUGACUUUUCAAAAGUUGAGUAUCAUCCCCAAAGUUUAUAUGAAUUAAGUGGAUUGUGGGUGGAUCCUCAGAAAUUUGACAAUUACGGGAUUGGAAGGGAAUCCUUAUCUGGGGGUUUACAGGGAGAAGAAAUUAGUGAGAGGCUUCGCUUUUUUGUAGAAGAGUGUGACCAUAUUCAGGGUUUUCAAUUCAUUGUUGAUGACUCGGGGGUGUUGCUCUAUGCUGUGCGUGGUCCUGGUUCUUCCGUGGAUCCCAGAAGCCAGAAGCAGAGAGUCAGUAGGAAGCUUCACGAUGCUGUUUCAUUUUCAAGGCUAUCGUCGUUAUGUAAACUGAUCGUUCCCGUGGGGUUACCCUCAUUGAGUAGAAGCAAAGCUUCAACAUUUCUCUGCAUCAAUGAUGAAAAGCAGUAUCACUGCAGUGCAGCUUAUGCUUCUACCCUACAUUCUCUUAGUCUCCCUUUUCGAAUGGAACCACUUGGGCCUACUGCAGACUCAUCUUAUGCUUCUGGUGCUGCGACUGUUAAUGAGGUUGUGCAAAUCCUAUCAGGGCAAACUAGGCAGAAUAUGGUUGCCAUUCUGGAUGCUGCAAUGCCAGCCCCUUCUUUAACUGGGAAUCAGGUCGAGCAAACUUUGCUACGUCAUUUGCAGCCAUUGACACCAGAGAUAGCAAAGGAUAUUGAGGACUUACAAUCAGUAGAAUCCAUCUCAGUCCACGGGGCCCUAGGACCAGGAGGUCAGCGGGCAUCAGUUUCUGAAGUAAAAGAUAUGGUUCAUGCUGCUUAUGAGCAUGCAACGACAAGGCCAAUGUUCUGCCAUCUGUCUGUGGCUCAAUGUCCACUUCCAAUACCUUUGCCUUUUCCUUCAAUAUUUGGGAACCGUGUUGGCCAACAUGGUGAGCUUUUGAGCACCCCAAUUAUUGAUUCUUCAUCAAGGGGAUCACUUGAUGUCCAUUCCAUCCCUAUGGCAGCUAGACUACGGUCUAGCAGUGCCGUUUUACCAUUCUUGGAGAAUAGAUUGGGAAGUCUUCGUAGCUUUGGGAUUGCCAGAGGAGCUCCUGGGGCUGAGUUAGUUAGAAGUUGGGGAUUUGCAGAGGAUGAAUUAGAAGACAUGGGUGAGGUGCUGUCUAAAAUGAUCACGACAUUGGAUCCUCGUUCUCAAAUGUCCUCUGAUUCAGAUUAA